CCAUAGGAAAAGAUUUAAUUCGCUGACUAUGAUUUUCUGUUUGUUAUAUUUUAGAUUAAUUUGAUGUGUAUUUGAAACACGAAGCCUAUCUUUUUCUGUGUAAUCAGGCAUGCUGGCAUACGUUUUGUACUAUUACUAUUACUACUAUUACUACUACUAUUAUUACAACAGCUAUUAUCGACUCAUGCAUUAUAUUUUUAUUUUGUCUUGCUAUCGCUGAGCUAAUGUCGCUAAAUAUUUUCAAUCGUUUAUUCACAUUAAUGCAUGUUCAUCGUAGCUGAACAUUUCAAAUCCGAAAAAACUAUCUCUAUCCAAUUAUAUUGGGAUUCAUUUUUAGAUAUAUAAUAAAAAGAUAAGAAUAUAGGUGAUCCUUUAUCGUUAUCGUAUCAUAUCAAAAUUUUGAUAGUUAUUCUGAAGCAUAAUAAAAGUUGGAAACGUAUAUUAUUUAUCAUUUCAAAAACAAUUUCUAGUCAAAGUUAUCAGCAUGGUUUAUAUUCCUCCAGCAUGUCGCUAGAAAUUAUUAUUCAGCUUGGUUAUGCAUACUUUUAUCUCGUUAUAUUUUUUUCUUUUGUUUGUUUCUCAUUCUUUAUAAUACACUCUAAAUAAAAAAAAAAAAAUAAAAAGUAAAAAAGAAUAUAUAGACACGCAGCACUGCUAAUGUACACAAAUUUAUUUAUCGAUAUUGGUGUGUUACACACUCUUAAAUCUUAUUUAAUUUUAUUUUCCUUAUCUAUAUCUAUCUAAAUCUAUUUCUCUCUUUCUCUCUCUCUCUCUCUAUUUUGUUUUCUUAAUUAUUAUAACGCACAUAUAAGGAAGUAUUUAAAAGGAGAAGAGGAUUUUCGAUUUUCACGUUUUGGCACGCUAAACGAUGUCGAACAAAAAAAAAAAGAAAAAAAAAAUAUCGUCAUCGCUCUCAAGCUUGCAUACAAAUGAGAGGAACUUUUUUUCACAAACUUCUGGUGAACGGUAAUAUGGCUUUUGGAAAAUAUAAACGGGGGAAAAAGUAAUGAAAAGAAAAAAGAAAACAAAAAAGAUCGAAACUUUGUCCACAGACGAUUCGGAGAUCGAAUAUUUCCCGAUUUCGCCGACCUUGACAAGGAUUCGUAUUCAUCGUAAGAAUCGCACGACAUCAUCGGGAAUAAACGGAUCUUCCUCGUCGAUAUUAUUUUCCGAAUGCAAACGAUCGGCACCUUCGUUGGCGUCGACGAUCAUUCAUAAUCCGAUCAUGAAAACAGGAACUGCCAAAUCAAGUGGUUACCGAUCGAGUUGUUCCUCUUCUAUUAAAAACAUCGAUAAUCAAUCUGGAUCAAGAACGAAUUAUUCACGAUUAACGAGUACUUUUUCUAGACCACCUUCUCCGCCUAGAAGAAAAUCAUCGAAGAACAACGAGACGUUGAAAAAUUAUUACAAAAACGUUACUACAAUCGAGGAUCAUCGUCAUCAUAAUUAUCAAUCUUCUAAUACAAGACAUUUACAGUGUUUCAAUCCGGAAAGAGUUUCGGAUAUUCGUAUUUUGAGAGAAAGAUUGUGCAGUAAUCUGGAGAAACAUAGAAAAUCGCGAGAACGUCAAAGUUCGAAAAUCGGAAGAAGUGGUGGUCAUCCGUCGAGUCCGAUCACCAAUAAAGGAAGAGGCAAAAUUUCUCAAAGUUCUGUAACGAAUUUUGAUAGAAGUAUUCGUACCAAUUUACCGCGUAGCCUUUCGGAAAGUAACGCCACGAGAAAGGAGGGUACAUUUUCAUCGGAUAAAGUAAAAAAUCGAUUAUCGAUAUCUUCGAGUCCGUUGUCGGUUACCAACGGAAAAUCACUUUCGGUUAAAUCCGAAUUGUCGAAAAGAAAACAAGAAUCUAUCGAUUCGAAAGAAAUAAUAUCAUCCCGCGUAGAAGAAGAAUCAUCGUCGCAAGUUUUUAAAAAGGAUAAUCCGAGAGGAGGUCGUCUUACAAAAAAGGAACAGGAAGAAUCUUGCAAGAGAUUAAGCAGAUCCUACGCUGACAUUUCAUCGUCUUUUACGGAAAGUAAGAAAAAUUUGUCCAAGGAAAAAGAUAUCAAAGGUAAAAUUAUUCCUACGGAAAGAUUUUUAACGAGUUCCGCGACUUUGUAUUCUUCUCGUACGAUAACGGAUAAAGAAAAAGGUAUUAUAGAUAAUAAAGCUUUGAAGGUUGUACUAGCGAUAUCGUCGAAGGGCCAAGAAACUUGUCGAAAAAUCGAAUCGCAAUCGUCGAAACAUUCGACGUCGAAAAUUGAUUCGAAGAAUUCUUCGUCGAGUCGCAAAUCAACGACGAUCCCCGUUCAAAUUUCAAAAUCAAAGUCAAAGGCUACGAAGCAAUCGGAUCGUUCGUCUAAACAAAAUAUUCCAAUAACUAUCGUUUCUACGCCGUCUACGGGAAUCAUUGAGAGUAAUGAUAAGAAGAAAAGAUCCAAAGAGAAAGCACGAGUGAUCGUUAAGAGACCCGACAAUAGUAAAGGAGAAACUGCACGAACGAUUACGGAUAAAGAUAUUUCAAAAUUCGAUACGAAAAAGAAAUUACGAAAGGAUAAAGUCAAAAUUAACGGUGACGGUACGAUUAACAAAAGGAUGGAUAAGAAAGGUAAAAAAAUUGUCGACAAAUUGAACGACAAAUCUAAAACGAUCAAACGAAUAGACGUUGAUAAUUCGAGUGUACGUAGUUUAACUAUGACCGAGAUUAAGAAACAACAUCGGGACAGUGGUGAAACAUUUUUCCAACAUUUGUUUUUGAGAAAUGUAUUAUCAUCUCCGACGGUGUUAUCGCAGCAACCUUCUGAAAUCGAUAAGAAAAGAUCCUUCGUUUACGAGCGUAGGAAAAUGCUCGAGAGUAACGAAAGAAGAAGGACAAGCAAGUCCGAGCCAUCUUUGAAAUCAUUGAGCGUAUAUUUGUCACAAAAGAGGCCUGUUUCCAACUCGAGAUUUAAGAAUUUCGAUCGGGAAAGUUUAUCAUCGAGAAGUACGAGUCCCUGUGGCGUAAGUUGGCCAGGUCGGUCUAUCUUUCAAAAAAUCACUAAAUUCGAUAGUCUUUUACGGGUCGACGAUGAAUUUGGCUCAUCGACGAUGUUAUCGCGUGGUCGAAGUCCAGAUUUUAUGAGGGACGGUAUCGUCGUCAUCAAAGAGAGAAGAAGCUCGAGCGAGCCACCGUUAAAAACGGUGCAUAUCGAAAAAUCAAAAGACGAAACGACAACGUCACGAACAUCGUCACCUUCGCCGAUCAGACCGCCAACACCGCAACGUCGUAGUUUGAUCUUGAAAGAUAAUCGAGAUGGUUCGAUGAACAAAAAAUUUCGUGCAAGAAGCGCAGGGGAAGCCGAAGAUUCGCGAACAAAAUUAUCUUCUUUAGGAUCGAAUACUUCGAUCGCUAAAAGUAUUAGUUCGUUGUGUCCGUCAACGAUAGAUCGCGAAGAUUAUCAACAAUACGUUCUCGAAUUAUUGCAUUACAAGAGAACUAGAUGCGACAAGUACAAAGCUUUGUACGAUUUUUAUUCCAGUUUGGAAAGAAUGGGCCAACUUGAAAGAAGAACGACGACUUCUUCGUCAUCGGGAGAUCUCAGGCCUAGAAUGAAAAACGAAGAGAUCAUAGAUUACGACAGAUGGAAAGAAAUAAGAUCGAAGGAAAAAGCGGAAUGCGAGCUUAGUUCGCUUUACGGUAAAUUGAAAGCCGUCCAAAAGGACAAAGAUUUUGUAUUCAGUACCAAAGAUUUAGAGAAAUUUAAAUGGCGCGGCGACUGUGGUCUUAGAUGCAAGGAACGUUCGGUCGAAAAUAUUUUGAAAUAUUUUGAAAAAUUAGAAAACGAGCAAACCGAAUUGGUCUCGUCGAAAAAACGAGAAAUAGCUUCGAGAAAGGACGUCUACAAACCUUUAUGGCGUGGUAGUUCGGUGGUCAACGUAGCUAACACUAUGGAAAAAAAGGCAAAUGAAAAACGUGACUUUGAGAAAAUAUCAUCGGAACGUCAUCGAACGUCAUGGCAAAAGGAUCUUGGUUGUAGUAAAAAAUUUUGGAGCAGUUUAACGAUAGAACAAGUAAACGCUUUGAAGAAUCAAUUGAACGAUAUCUACGGUAGCGAAGAAACAAAGUCACGAAUGUCUAGACGCGAUCGAGCAAAUAUCGUGGAAUUAUCUCAGGAACAUUUUUCUAAGAAGAAAGAUGACGACAAAUGUGAGAUGAUAUCGUCAAAGUACGAGAUCGUUGUUGACGAUUUUCAAGAGGAUGAUGGUAAAGGUUUACACGUUCGAUGUCAUUCUAUGAUAACUCCUGACGAAUCUACGAGUACUUUGAAAUAUUCCGGUACGGAAAGUUCGAGCUUGAAAAGGAGAGGCUCGAUAGGUCGAGGAAAAAGUACCGAUAGGUCGGAAUUCAAUAAUUUCGUAUUUCGUGAUUCACUUAUGACGGAAUUGGAAAAGAAGAGAUUGUCUUUGACGCUUGGAAAGGAAGUUCUGGAUAAAGUAACUCGUAGAAGAUCGUCCUCGGCACCCAUAGCACCUAGGGAAACUCGUGGUGCUAUAGCAGCGGCCAUGGCAAACACGAAAACUAUUUCGAAUAUGAUGAACGUCAGUAGUACGCCAAAUUUAUCUUCGGCGCCGAGUGUUACAAACACUUCGCCUAGAACGUGUUACUCCUUGGAAGUGUCUUACGAGGAUAAUUCGAAAAAGGAAAAGAACGAUUUUCUAUUGGUUCUAGCACCGAACGAAGAAGAUAUUACGAAGGAAAAGGAAAAAAUAGAAAAUGUUUUUGAAGAAUGGUCGAGAAAGACGGUGUCACCGCCGCCGCCGCUGCCGCCGCCGCUGCCACCCCCAGUAUCGUCGUCUAUCGUUCAAAUUGAUAAUAAUAAUAUACCUAAGUGUAAAAUAUUAUCAACAACAUCGGGAAGCGAAAUGGAUAGCACGAGUUCGGACACAUCGGUAAAAACGGUUGUCAAACGAAAUAUCAUUCAGAUGGAAGACGUACCCAAAAAGAUCGAAUUUUUCGAAAAGAUCGAUGCGAAACAACAGGAAUCGAAGAAUACGGAUAAAUCGAAGAUUUCAAGAUUAUCCUCGUCUCAGAGUUUCGCUGAUUUAAAGGAAUUGUUCGGCGAAUCGGAAAUAGUUCGAUAUUCGAGUAACAUACCACUGUACAGUACGAAAUCAACAUCCUCGGAUAGAACGUUUGAAGAAAGAUCAGAAGAUUUGCAAGAAUUCGGUGACUUUGAUAAAAAUGAAUUUUGUAUUGGAUCCAUUACGCCCGAUGAAUUCGGUGAUUUCGAAAUAAAAAAAGAAGAUCGAAGUCAAGUGGGGGAAAAAACGGAAGAUGUAGUAAAAGAUAGGAAGGAGAAUGUUACGAAGGUUGUAUCGAAGAAACAGGAAGGAAAAAAGGUGUCAUUGUCGAAAGAAUCGAUCGAUCAGGAUAAUACAGCUUUGUGUUCGACAGAGAGGAAGAAACGAGGCAAGACCGGUGGACUUCCUGCGGAAGUAGACACGCGACAGUCGGUUCAACGUUGUUUAUGGGAGCGUGAACGCGAUUCGAGACCAGAAAGCAUCAGUCCAUGUCGAGGUACGACGCGUUCUAACUCAUCGUCGUGCAGUGUCGAGAGUAUAUUCCAACGUGGCUCAUCGCCCGAUCCGGAAAGAUAUUGGCGUGCUUAUUUGAAAUUGGUUAAAAACGGUACCGUGAGAAAAUUGUGUGACAGAUUCGAGACCAGUUGGGAGGAUUUAAAUUCGUCUAAAAAAUACGUGACCAAUAGUCGUCCGAAAAGAUUUCAAAGCGAUCCGGAAUUGGCCAGGAACGUUUUGAAAAAGAUCGAUCAGAGUAAAACGACCUUGAAACCGCAAGAAUAUUCGGAUGUCAGUUGGUUGCGCAAAAAAUACGAAUCUAGGAGAGGGAGGACGAGACGUAGGGGGGAAUCACCACCGAUACCACGGGUACCAUUGAGAUUGGAUACUUUAUCGAUGCCGCAUAUCGACGUUAUUAGUAAAAUGGCAGAGCUUAAGGAUUCUUCCGUUAGUUCGAAUAAAGUAACCAAUUCCGUGGCGAGGAAAGCUGAAACCAAAGAACUGGCUGCUAGAAGACCGGUCGAGAAGAUCAUAAAAAAGUUCGAGGAUCCAGAAAGGAAAGGGAAAACAUCGAUUCUGGGAGAAAUGUUCACGUCCGCCCCCGACGUUCGCGAAUUGAGGGACAUCACGCCUUAUCUUGCCGGCAGAUGGGUGGCUCAUAGGUAUCCAAGUAGAAGAGAUAAUAUGCGUUCAUUGUCAUCACCGCCCAGCCUUGAAAAUCGAAAUUCACGUAAUAAUGAUGAAACGAUCGCGAGUUCGUCGAAAGAUUCGAAUGAUUCGAAAGAUAUUAUCUUAUCGUGCGAGAAAAGAAAAUUGGAGGAACGUCGUGAAAAUUUGACCAGGAAGAUAACACGACCGUCCGCAUCGAUUUUGAAGCACAAGGACAUUUUUGCAAAUCAAGAAUUCGAUCCAAGCAAACAUAGACCGAGAUUUAGAUAUCAACCACCACCCCCGCCACCUUCACCGAUCGUUAAACGGGAAGCCAAGUUUUGGUUACCACCGUUGCCAACCUACACUGCUCGACCUACCGUCAGUUUCGAAGGUCUGCCGCUUAAAUUUAUACUUCAAACAACAUUAAACUUUUAUUAACUUGUCUCGAUUUAUUAUAUUAUAUGUUCUUUGCAAUUUUCUAAGUAGACUAUAUUGACAAAUUUUUGUUGUUUCUUUUUUGUUUUUUUGUUUUUUUAUUGAAUUACACAUUUAUCAAUUUAUAUUUGUAUAUUACGAAUUAAUCUUAUUAUCGAAUAAAUCGUAAAAAUUAAUUUAAAAAAAAAAAAAAAAAUUAGUAUCAAGUAUGAAAAUAAUUAUCGGCACGUAUACUGAUAAAAAUUCGCGCGUUAAAUUAUUUUCAUUAAUUUAUCAAAUAUCAAUCAAAUUAUUAUUUUUAUAUUGAUAUUUCGUUCAAAUGGGUACAAAACCGCCAAUAUCGAUAAGUAUCAGAUAAAAAAAAAAAGCACGUGCUGUGUGAAUAUCGUAAUAAUCAUUAUCGUAUUUCCGUGUCUCAGCAGUUCUUUCGUUGUUCGUUGUAGCGUUAUUAGGGCUAAUUAUUAUUUUCAUUAUUUUUUGUGUCUGCUGA